AUGCAGAACUGGGCAACCUUGAUUAUGGCGGCCUUGGUAGCUGGCUCUGCGGCCAAGGACUGUGCUUUCUUUUACGACUCCACCGUCUCGGAUCCCUUCAUGGCUUCCAUCCCUGCUUCCAACGCCCAGUGGUAUUGCAAAAACGACAUUGGCGGUACGAUGGAGGACAAAGAGUCGAAUAUCUCCAGCUCGGCAACCAACCCGAACUUCAGAUGUGGUAUUUGUCGGGGAGCUAGGAGUUCGACCAAAGACUACGACAUCCCUGAUAAAAUUGGCAACUAUGCGAUUCGAUGCGGAUACUAUGCUCCUGGAAAGUUCGGCCCUUCAUUGGCCUGGAAGGCGAGUGGAGGUCCUAGGAAUCGUAUACAGCACAGCCUCGAUGCCAACUUGAACGAGACUUUUAUGGAAGACCAUGCUUCGAAGACAAGCCCAGGUGCUAUAAAGUCGAGAGGUUGUGUUAAUAUGGGCAAAUACAUGACUUCGGGAUUGGUCACGACAUUCGGUCCAACAUCUAUGAACUCAACAUACAGCGCAAAUUAUGAAAUGAAUAUUGAGUUUCACAAGUCAGAAGGUGCCUACUCCAUAUUCUUGCAUGACGCCUGUGGCGUUGGACAAAAUGAUGAAGGCGAUACGGCGCGUCCAGUCAUAGCUGAGAUUUUCGUCGCUUGCCUCGUUGCCUCGCAGCCUGCUGAUUUGGCUUCCCUGUCAAUGGCAUCCCUUCGCAGCUGGUCCCGCAUCAAGUCUCGCGUGAGAUGCGGCUCCAAUAUUCUAAGCAACUGCUAUCUGAAUCUCGUCAAUAUUUCUACUCAUCAUUCCUCACACAACGUCACGAUGAAGCUUCUCAACUGCUCCACCCUUCGCAUCGAGGAGAUGCAUUGGGCAAGAAAGCAGGAACUCGGAGUGAAGGGCAUUUCCACAGCCUACGCUAUCCUUUCUCACAAAUGGGAGAGCGAUGAGGAUGAGGUUACCUUCGAAGACAUGGCCAGUGCCGACAUAAAGUCCAAAAAGCUGCUUGGGUGGUCGAAGAUUGAGAAAACUUGCACCGAGGCACUCAAGAUCGGGAUCGGAUACGCCUGGAUAGACACUUGCUGCAUCGAUAAGCGAAACCUCACCGAACUUACUGAAGCCAUCAAAUCAAUGUUCAGGUGGUAUGCAGAGGCGGAGAUUUGCUUCGCGUAUCUCUCAGAUGAGCUCAUCGCUCCGGGCAAAAUGGAGUUCUACGACAAGAAUUGGAAUGGAAUUGGCAGCCGAUUCAACCUCUCACGACAAAUUCAAAUGCGAACAUCCGUCAACGCUGAAAUCUUGAGACACAACUCAUCGACGCACGAAAGUAUCCAGGAUCUCCUGGCCGGUAUUCCAGUGGGCCGGCGCAUGUCGUGGGCUGCUGAUCGCAAGGCAAAGAAAGAGAAAGAUCGCGCUUACUCACUCUUGGGCAUCUUCGGCGUCAGUAUGCCUUUGCUUUAUGGGGAAGGCAACCGAGCUUUCAUUCGUUUACAGGAAGAGAUCAUCAAGGAGACCAACGACAUGUCACUGUUCGCUUGGUGUGAUUCCACAGUCACUUGCAUAGAUGACUUAGAAGAGUUCCGUGGCAUCCUCACCACUACUCCGGAUCAUUUCCGCGAUUGUUGCAAUCUAACAUCUCUAAGCGAUCCAAGGCGUGGCCCAGAGUUUUCGAUGACAAACAAAGGUCUCCGCCUUGAAUCCAAGCUUUUCGCAGUCGACAGAGCUCUUUGUUUUCUUGGGCUAGGUUGUCGAAAGAUUGAAGGUUCCAUCCAUGAAUUCCAGGGCAUUUUGCUCUAUCAGCUCAGCAAUGAGAGCUAUGUCAGAACGAGACCGGACAAGCUCUAUGCUAGCAGCUGCGCAUCCGAAAGCCGGCCAUUCGAAAAGAACGUUCUCUUCAUCGCUAAGCAAUUCAAUAUGGGCCUACAGGCAGAGAAUUUGUGGAUUCCUGGCCGUAAUCCUGGCCGUAAUAUCAAGUUCUGCAUCGACGAUAAGCAGCCAAAAUUGCAUGUAAUGCUGCGCUGGAGCUCACCAUUUUUUGCUGCUUGGAUCCCGUCCACACAUACUAUUGAGAGCUGCGAGCUUUGGAAAUUUGAAGGAGAGGUGGAGGUCAAGUCUGGCAAUGGAACUAAGUUCACAUUGAUCUGUGGAUUCGACACGCAACAUAACUUCUGGAUUUAUCGGGAUGAAAAGGCUCUCAGCGGCCAUUGGAUGAAACCUGAAGAUUACAUGCCCGCAGGGCAUGGAUUUAAGGUGGAAAAGGGAAUGGAAGACGGUAAGAACCUUCGGCAAAAGAAUGCCGAGCAGCCCAACGGCCAAAUGGAGGCCAACUUGAGGCAAGUUUCGAUUUUGUCUUUUAUGAAGACAAGUUCGAUUGUUGAAGAUCUCGAGAGUCUCUUCAAUUCUGGGAGGUCCAAGGAUAUGAAUACCGUAUGUGAGACGGAUCACGUGUCCCGCUCAAACAUGCAAUAUGGUACUAUGUAUAUCGAAGGAGUGGGCGAACCACUCAUUCCAUUCAAUGGGAAGAAGCUCCAGGCCCUGCAACCAUCCAACCCAACCUUCCGUCUCUUUUUGGUAAACCCCAACCGUUAA